CAUCGUUCAAUCGCUUAAAUAACCGCCCAUUGUGCAACGGCCGGGCGUCCCCUCACUUCCUCGCAUCUCCAUGAAGCUCGCCCGCGCUCUCGGCCUCGUGGCCGCCUCCUUCUCCACGUGCAGCGCCGGCAGCAGCUUCAUCGACUUCCGCUCCGUGGACGGAGAGAUCAAGGCCGACAACGAGACGUUCCACAUCAAGGGCAUCAACUGGUUCGGCGGCGAGACUAUUGAGCUCGUAGUGCAAGGCUUGUGGCCGUCCGCCACCACUAUCGGCGAUGCGUUGGACCUUUUCGCUAGCUACGACAUCAACGCACUGCGUCUGCCAUUGGCUAUGGACUCCGUAAUGGACGAUCCAAAAGUUAAGAGCACUCAGACCGGAGGAAGUCCGUCUUUGGCGGGUAAAACGUACCUUGAGGUACUGGACGUCAUUGUGAGGGAAGCUCGUGAACGCAACAUCCUCAUUAUGUUCGACAGCCAUCGAAUCGAGGCCUCUGAGCCCGAUUUCCCCGACAUUGCAGUGCCUGACGACAUCACUCCGGCACUACAGAAGCUCGCAACGAGGUACUGCGACGACCCGGGGGCGUGGAAUGUCUUCGCUAUUGACCUUAAGAACGAGCCUAAGGGCAAAGCCACGUGGGGUAAAGGAGAUGAAGACACAGACUGGAACUUACAAGCAGCCAAGAUUGGCAACGCUGUACUAAAAAAAUGUCCGAGACUUUUGAUAUUCAUCGAAGGAGUCCAGACGAAUAUUAAAGGAGUGAGUAUGAAAUGGGGACAAGCUGGUGGUUCAUUGCAGGGGGCCAAGGACUACCCAGUCAAACUGAGUAAUAUGGAGAGACUGGUGUACAGUCCUCACUUGAUCUCCCCUGGAGUGGACUACAAGGCUCCGUGGUGGAGCGACUCGAGCUUCCCUGAUAACAUGCCGGAUAUCUGGGACGAAUAUUUUGGAUUCGUACCUAAAGAGACUGGCCAAGCAGUGGUUGUGGGUUCCUGGGGAGCUCAAAUGAAGGAUAACAACAAGAUAUGGGCUAACGCGGUGUCGGCCUACCUUGAGGAGAAGUCGAUUGGGUCGUUCUACUGGGCCUUUAACCCCCAGUCAGCCGACACUGGAGGGUUCGUUAAGGACGACUGGGUCACUCCUAUUGACGAGCGCGUUGCUCUACUUGAGUUACUGCCUACAACUAGUGUAGAGGAUAUCGUUGCUAUCUUCUCUGAAUGCUCAAAAACUUGUGCUGGGAACGGCGGAUGUGAAGGUGGCAAGUGUGUCUGCUACACUGGAUGGACUGGGCCACAGUGCGAGAUCUGCUCGGAAGGAGACACCACAGCGUGUAAUGACAUGGGUACAUGCUUGAGAAAUAGCACGUGUGCCUGUGAAGACGAUGCCAAUGGGAAAUAUUGCGCUGGAACAGAGUGUGAUGAAGUUGAUUGUGGCGAUGGAUCUAACGCUGGCUGCUUCAAUGGCGAGUGCACGUGUCUCUAUAAUUGUGUUGGGAACUCGUGUGUCGUCUGUGCUGCCAACGAAUCUGCGCUUGAAGAUGCUUCCAACGGAGCGACAAUGCUUUGUGACGCGUGCGAUGCUCAGGCCCACAAUGAUUUUUCAUCUGCUCAAGCAUUCUCGAUUGUCACAGUAGGAACUGCGGCGUUUGCUACACUUGCCUUCGUUUUCACCUUUUUCUUUUAACCCAGUCAUUUGAUAAAGAUUCAUACUACUACGUUAAUUUCUGAAAGUUGCAUGAAAAAUAUAUUGUGUUCGCAUAAUAUUUGAUGUUCAAAUAAACCAGCGUUGACAUGAA